ACGUUAUUUAGACAUGAAUAGCACAACAGCUAGGCCACUAGCCUCUUCUUAGAGUUUAAAUUGGACCCUUUCCCUAUUUAUUGAGUAACAUUUGUUAUCUCUUUGACACGGCUGAUAGCGCGGCUUUCUGCCACGUAUCUGGGGGAGUGAAUGAGCGACAGCGACGGUGCUGCUGCUGCUGCUGCUGAGCGGGAAACCCGACCUGCUGCCGAACAGAACAACCAGCCGGUCCCGCUUGACUGCUGCGGAGGUCUGAACAACGUCGACUACUCCAAGAUGGACUUGGUGCCGAUUGAAGAAUUCAUAAGACACAUUAACUUUCAUGACCCGAACCUUUCCAUCGCAGUGAUUGCCAUCAUAUUCAACCCUCUCUUCUGGAAUGUGGUGGCACGAUGGGAGCAUCGUACUCGGUGCCUCUCCAGGCUCUUUGGUGGCCCCUACGUGGCCUGUUGCGGUCUGGGACUCGUCAUCAUUCUGCUCAACGUUUUCCGGAGCCACAGUAUGGCAGUGGUGAUGAAGACCCAGGCCAGAUGGGAGCUGAUGGAGCGGACGGAUGUUUUCUACGUCGGGAUCUCCCUUAUAGUGAUGGGAACGGUUCUGGUGGUCAGCAGUUUUCUCGCUCUGGGCUUCACUGGGACGUUUUUAGGCGACUACUUUGGCAUACUGAUGGAUGAGAAGGUGACCGGUUUCCCCUUCAGCGUCGUAGAGAACCCGAUGUACUGGGGCAGCACAGCCAACUAUCUCGGCCUCGCGCUCAUUGGUGCCAGUCCUGUUGGGUUGGUUCUUACUGCCAUAGUGGUCCUGGCUUACAAAGUGGCCAUAACGUUCGAAGGGUAAGUCUCAAAAGCCUGGUUGUUAUUUCUCACAAAUGUAUUAGAGUUAUUAAUAAUGGGGAAAAAAAAUUCCAGAUGGGGUUUCAUGACAAUGUGCCUGAUCCAUACGGGCAGAAUAGCCUAUAUUUGUGUUCCUAUACUCUUCACAAUCAGAGUUUGAAAUUAAUUUAAAUGUCAUGAAAUGUUAAGAUGUACUUUAUUUUGAAAAAGCAACAUCGUUGGUGCAUUUUCUGGCAUAACAUCGGCAUCUACGUGUUUAGCUGUUUCAGGAGAUGUGGAGGAAAAAAACCCCAGCUGAUUAUCAUACCAGGCUUUAUUGGGUGCUCACAUGUGUUUAUUUUGGUUUUGGAGAAUGAAUUGAAAGUUUAAAGUAAGCACAUGGCAAACUAACCUCUCCCAACACAUCACUCAACCCACGCCGGUAAAGUGAGCUCGAAAAAAUGAUACUUCAAUAAAGACAUUCACCAUAAAAAUACAGGUGAAAAAAAAAAACAAUGUUCUCUUGUUCUAACAUAUGAUUCAUAAGUAUUUUGAAAUCAUUUUAAAGUUUGUCUCAACAAAACUGAAACAAACAGCCAGACAGUAUCUCUAGAAGUGGUUUGAGUGGCUGUGUAUGGGUGUGGGUGUAUGUAAGGCUUGCUGUUGGUUUUUAUUUAUUUUUUAUUUUGCUUCUGUCAGUAAGACGGAGACAUCUCAAGGACUGACGUGGGUUGGCAGGCUUCUGAAUUUUCUGUUGGCUG